AUGAAUGUUAUGUUUGCCACUGAUGAGUUGGAAAACUUCAGGUAUGUCCCUGAAUUUCCUCAUCUUCAAAUCUGUGGUCAUAACAGUAGCCACUACCAACAGCUGCAACAAAGAUUACACGAGAUAAGACAAGCACUUCAUCCAGGGUCUGGCACGCAAGUGUUCAAUUACUGCUGGCUGCAUCUUCGGAUUCUCUCACAGGUCAAAAGGCAGAUCUUCGUGAAAACCUUGACUGGCAAGACCAUCACCCUGGAGGUGGAGCCCAGUGACACCAUCGAGAACGUGAAGGCCAAGAUCCAGGAAAAAGAAGGCAUCCCCCCUGACCAGCAGAGGCUCAUCUUUGCAAGCAAACAGCUGGAAGAUGGCCACACUCUUUCUGAUUACAACAUCCAGAAAGAGUCUACCCUGCACCUGGUCCUAUGUCUGAGGGGUGGCUGUUAA